AUGGCGCCUACAUCCGCGCUCAUCUCAGGCGUUGCCUUGUCCAAAAGGUCAGCUACGAUAGCUGGUAUGGUAGAAAGAGGCUUCGAGGGCAACGGCAUAAAUUGCGGGCCGGGGCAAGUGGCACAGCCUAGGUAUCGGGAACACGGUAAUCCCAGUACAUACGCCCAGGCAUCGAGGCUCCCUAAUCGAGAUAAAGGUUGGAAGUGCAGUGCAAAUAACGAACGCCUUCCCGACAAGAGGGUUCUCGCCCACGCCGUCCACCCUAGGUCGUACCGUCUGCACGUUCAACGUGUGUUCGUCUCUUUGGAGUUCGAAAUCGUCUCAAGCGUGUCGCCGCGAUCGCCCGGUCUCAGUCAGCCAACUGGCGGAGCUGCAGCGGACACACCUAUCGACGGUGGCAACAGCCCAAUUGGCGUCCUGCUUCCUGAAAGGCCCGCGGUACAGACCAGCGAUUGCAUGCGUCUCCAGGCACCGAAAGCCGUCGCGCCACCCACUCAAAGUUUACUGUUCGAGGAGAGGAACAUGGAAGGGCAUCCGGACCGCCCAGCGCACAGGGCUAGUCCAAUCGGGCUAGGGGCGAGCGACGCCGAGGUGAAGCCACAGGAUUGUGGGGUCAACGAGGAUAUCGCAUGGCCUGAGCUUGAUCUAUUCGUCAGUGACGAUCUGGCAGGGCUGGGGAGUCUCGCGGAAGACGACCCGGUCAUGCCCGACUGGCUAUUUGCAGAAGCGGAGGACGCCGUGCAGACCAACGAGGUACGGGCAAUUCCCGACCUCGGCGCAGAGCUUGCUCGUCCGAUGAACGCCAGAGAUGAGAAUUUAGCCAGGUGUCGACUGUUUGAGCGGGUCUCUAGGGAGCUUUGGUCGGCCGAGCAGAGGAAAGUCGGGAGGGAGACGACUGGCCGGCGGUCACCAGGGGAUCCGCUUGGCCGGCAGGCCGAUGCGUGGUGGGCGGGCAAGGCGGAGCUGUCGGACACCGCAACGGCGUCGGAUGAAACGCUGGAAACCGCAUGGGUAGACGCGCCGAGUACGGACCGGGUCCGGCUCUGCGUUCCAUUCUUCCAGUCUGUCGCCACCCAGUUCCGCCUUCUCAACCAGGGUAGGCCUGAGGGUGCCGGCCGCAGCCCGGACUGGCAGGCGGUAAAUGACAGCGGCGGUGGAGGUGACAAUCCUCGAUGGCCUUCGGUGGCUGAACACAGGAAGCAUUCGAGAGGAGCAACUGGCUAA